AUGAAAAAUCCCCGUGAUGAUCAAAUUCUCCCUUUGGAACUCCUUAUAGAAAUCUUUUCAUGGCUACCCGUGAAGACCCUCAUGCAAUUCGCGUGCGUUUCCAAGUCAUUGAAAUCACUGAUUUUUGAUGAUCCAUCAUUCGCGAAACUGCACCUUAAUAGAUCUCCCAAAAGCACGCACAUUCUCCUCAACACAGAAGAUGACCCCUACAAAUUUGAAAAUGAGGACAGUUGGGUUGUUCCAUGCUCUGUGCGUUGCUUGAUGGAGGAUCCGUCGUCCGUGAUCGAUGUUGAAGGGUGCUACCAUUUGAAGGGAAAUCAUUUGGUAAUUGACUCAUGUAAUGGGUUGGUUUGUUUGGGCAACUUUUAUGAUGUUGGCCCAAUUGAAGAUUUUUGGGUUCAACUUUGGAACCCGGCCACACACCUUAUGUCUAAGAAGUCACCAACCUUUCAUCUAAGCAUGCGAACUUCUGUGGAUGCUCCGCAGGGUAAGGUGAAUUUGGGGUUCGGCUAUGAUAGUUCACAUGAUACUUACAAGGUAGUGGUGGUGCAUUGGGAUUGUACAGAGCAGAAAAUGAUGACAAGGGUUUCUUGCAUGAAAAAUAUUUGCUGCAAAAAUAUUUUGUGUGACCCUUGUUCCCCUCUUAUGCUAUACCCAAUCAUGGGACAAUUUGUGGGUGGUUGUGUUAACUGGAUAGCUCUUAAAAAUAUGAAUGGUCCCGAAUAUGAAUGGGACAAUGUUACUCGCGAGCAGCUGGCUAUUGUUUCUUUUGACAUGAGUAAGGAGAAAUAUACAUAUCGGCCACUUCCUGAGGGUGUUACUAAGGUGCCUCACUUUGAGCCAAGUCUCGAGGUUCUAGAAAAUCACAUGUAUCUUUCUCAUGAUCAUAAUAUGACUCAUUUUGUUAUGUGGAAAAUGAGAGAGUAUGGAGUUCAAGAGUCUUGGACUCGGUGGUUGAGUAUCAGGUAUGAGCAUAUUCGAUGUGAUAAUUUGUUUUUUAAGCCCGUGCCAAUGUUCUUGUCUGAAGAUGGUGACAUCCUUUUGCUCGUAAAAACUGAGGAUUUGGAGUUUAUCAAGUAUAACAUAAGAGAUAAUAAUGCAGAGUAUAUUCCAAAUCUCAAUCAUGAAUUUUGGUUACAGGCUUUUGGUUAUGUUCAGAGUAUGGUUUCUCCUUGUCAAGACAAAGAAGAUGGAUAA